UCGCUGCUAAACUGCUCUGUUCCACUGGUAGCGGUUGAGCUGUGUUUUCAGAGUGAGAGAUGGACUGAGUGAGGGCGCUCUUCAGACCAGCGCUCCCGAUAGCAUUGCUAUAUACCAACAGACGAUUUCAGGUCGUCGAAUCACAAGAAAACAUAGUGCCAUUACCAAGUCUUUCACAUCCCACUCUAAACACACUAACACGGCAUUGAUGGUAAUGUAUGCAAGGAAACAACCGAGACUCGGCGAUGGGUGCGACCGAAGAGAUUCUCAGCCCUAUCAGACUCUCAAAUAUUCAUCCAAAAGCCAUCCGGGAGGGGAACACCGCCACGAGAAGACGCGCGACCCCACAGAGGUCACCCCUCCCUGCAAAAUGCUCAGGAGGUCCGACAGCCCGGAGAACAAACACACGGAAGGCACGGGCCACAGCAGGGCGAAGGCUCUCCACACACACCGCGUCAGAGAACGGGACGGAGGACCCAGUUAUUCUCCACAAGAAAAUUCCCACAACCACAGUUCCCUCCAUAGCUCCAACUCGCAUUCUAACCCCAGCAAGACAUCAGACACACCCUACGAGCCUGGCGACGACUGGUCGGAGCACAUCAGCUCCUCCGGAAAGAAAUACUACUACAACUGCAGGACGGAGGUGUCCCAGUGGGAGAAGCCCAAAGAGUGGCUGGAAAGGGAACAGAGGCAAAAGGAGGCAACAAAGAGCGCCGUUGUCAACAGCUUCCCCAAGGACAGGGACUACAGAAGGGAGGCCAUGCAAGCCACGGCAGCCCCCGGCUUCACCGGACCCAAGUCGACUCAGGUGGAGAAGCCCUCAGCGGCUCUUCCCAGCCAGUCGCAGUCAUCCUCCUCGGGUGUAGGGAGCGUGAACCCUUCAUCGGCGCCACCGGGCUCGUCAGCGUCCACCGUGCCCGUCUCCCCAGUCCUUCAGUCCUCCACACCCCCCAUCCUCCAGGACCCCAACCUGCUCCGCCAGCUUCUCCCAGCGCUUCAGACAGCCCUGCAGCUCAAUAACGCCAGCGUGGACAUGGCAAAAAUCAACGAGGUUCUCACAGCUGCUGUCACACAAGCGUCAUUACAGUCGAUGCUCCACAAGAUCCUCACAGCUGGACCGUCGGCUUUCAACAUCACUACUAUCCUCUCCCAAGCUGCUCAGCUUUCCAACCAAGCUCAACAAUCAAAUCAGUCACCGAUGUCUUUAACGUCAGACGCCUCAUCGCCGAGAUCCUACGUGUCGCCCAGGAUCAGCACGCCGCAGACAAACGUCGGCCCUUUAAAGUCUCACCUCAGUGCACAGCCCGUCAUCUCACAACCAAAAGUGAGCACGCCAGUGGUGAAGCAGCCGCCUCAUUCCCAGCCUACAUCUCAACAGUCGCUGUCCAGCGAGAAGCCGCACGGUCACGACGCCACCACGGCCUCCCCACGCACACUUCAGCGCCAAGGCAGUCAGAGGAGUCCCUCUCCUGGACCCAACCACGUCGGCUCCGGCAGCAACGCCUCCACCGCGGCCUCGGCUCCCCCCGGCGCCUCGGCGGUGCGGCCCUCCUGCUCCCUGACCCCCACGCUGGCCACUCACUUUAAUGAGAACCUUAUCAAACACGUGCAGGGGUGGCCUGCAGAACAUGCAGAGAAGCAGGCGUCCAGGCUACGUGAAGAGGCCCACAGCAUGGGCAGCAUCUGCAUGUCUGAGAAUUGCACUGAGCUCAAGAAUCUGCGCUCGUUGGUCAGAGUCUGUGAAAUCCAAGCUACGCUGCGGGAGCAGAGGAUAUUGUUUUUGAGGCAGCAAAUCAAAGAACUUGAAAAGUUGAAGAAUCAAAAUUCCUUCAUGGUCUGAGAACUUUGGGGUCGAGAGUUUUGUUUUUGGGGGGAAGGGGAAAACCCAUUGCACAUAGUUGAAAGCUGGAAAGAAAGCAGUUGUUUGGUUCCUCUUGAACCCAGUCUUAACACACACAUAAACACACACACACACACACACACACUCUCUCAGAGGAGUUUGAGUCGGGUUGGUUUGGACCGUUGGACUGGGAGACCUGAAAGGGAGAACCGAGGAGCUGUUGUUGGAGGAGGAGGGUUGAUUUACAAGACUCUGGUUUUGUAAAAACGCUUGGUGGGGGAGGGUGGAAAAAAAAUGUAGAUUUCUUGUAGAUGUUAUUAUCUAUGUUGUAAAUAUGUUUUGUAGAUUGAAGCCAUGGAAAGCCAUGCCUAUCAAAGCUUUUCGGACAUCCAGACUAAUCAACGCCUCGACGCCUCCGGUCCUUCACGUUAACUCAUCUGCAGAUCUCUGGCUUCACUCUCACUUCACAAGAUCUCUGAACCAUUGAGUCAGCUGGUGUGUGUGCGUGUGUGCGUGCGUGCGUGUGUGUGUGUGUGUGUGUGUGUGUGUGUGUGUGUGUGUGGCUGGCCUGCAGGCUGACUUGAAGGUGUUGGAGGCAUGGAAUCAACCAGAACAAUCUCUUCAGCCCGUCAAAUCUCGGUAAACUCGCCCGUUCCCUCCAGCCUCCCUGAGUGUAGGGGUUCUGUCAUGUGCAGGCGUGGCAGACUUCCACCUGCUCCCAAUGCUUCAGUGAUCUGCUAGCAGCUUCUGGUGGCCCUGCAUUACCCAGUCUGAAAAAAAAAAAAAAAAAAAAUCAGUGCCUGGUGGUUGGUGAAGUGAGUGAUUAUUUAAAAAAAAAAAAUACAAAAAGGAAAAAAAAACAAAUCCAUCGUGGGAUGUGAUGGCGUGCUGCUUUGGACCAUUCCCGGUAACCUCCACCACCCCGCCCUGGCUUCCUGACCCACUCGCCCACCUACCUGCCCGCCACGCCUCUUUCUCUGACACAUCCCACCUUUCUGUGUUGUGCUUUACUUUCUUCUCCUUUGGGUUCCCACUGUUUUUCUGUUCCUCUCUUCCCCCUCCCAUACCUCUGACUUUUCAAGUUGAGGGUUGUACCUCUUGUUUUUUUUCAUUCCUUUGUACAGUUGCUAACAUAACGGUGGAGUUUUAAGAGAGACGGAAUUAAAAAAAAAAAAAAAAGGUUUUAUUUAUAAGAGUUGUAGUGACGAGCGGAAAAUCACAAUGAUAGCCACACAUUUUCACCAACGCCCCGGUCGAGGAGCGGUAGGACGGCCUCAGCAGGUCCAGGGUGGGUGCAUGUGGAGCACCUCUUCAGUCAGCGCAGGGCAACAAGAGGUCAAAGCUCAAAUGUGAAAUGAAAUGUACGUAUUGUAAUAAACAUGUUAAACUAAA